GGAAUUGGAUGGCCAGCGACAGCAAAUGCCACCCACCACAGAUUGCGAGCUUGCUUUCGAGUUUCAAGUGUUGUUCUGCCCCGCUGGAUGCCCGCCAUAGAGGGACCAUGAGAUCCAUUUCCCACGGCAACAACGCCUCCAUCCAGAACUCCCAUCUUCAGCCCUGAGUUGAUAUCCGUGUCUGGAAGCCCAACCACAAACCCUGGACACCUCGCCUUCCCCAGUACCCCAGGUCCACUUUUCACGACCCCUCCAACCAUCCACCCAAUCCAUCCGCGCGUGCAUCUGAGGAUUGGGAUUGAAACAGACAUUCGACGAAACCUUCUCGAACAAAGCGCCACCCCUUUCCCGACGCUGUUGUUUGUCACCAACAAUCUUCCGCCAUCCUUCCAUGCCCACCCGGAAUCCACCUCAAAGAAUACCUCACCUCUUGACACCGAUUUCAACCCAACGGCCGCCGCCGAGACGAGAAGGUUCCCGACCGCUGAUUUCAGGCCGAUAAAUUUCCCCGCAAUUUCCUGUCUCCCGCUCUAGCAGAACGGCACGGCCCGGGGGCUCCAGGUUGCCCUCCGAGUCUCCGCGAUGAAUACAAACAUCCUGACCACCCGUCAGGCUGAGGAGCUACACAAAGCCAUCAUCGCCUACCUUACUGCCAACAACCUUUCGAAUACCGUGUCGGCUCUGCGAUCAGAGCUCAACCUUGGGGAGGAUGUGUUUGAUCCAGCAACCGCAAAGAAGUAUGAGGGGCUGCUAGAAAAGAAAUGGACGAGUGUCGUGCGGUUACAAAAGAAGAUCAUGGAUCUCGAGUCCCGGAAUAGCACUUUGCAAUCAGAGCUCGAAAACAGCACCCCCACGUCCCGACAAAAUAAAGAUCCAGUAGCCUGGCUGCCCAAAUCUCCAGCCCGCCACACGCUGCAAUCCCACCGAAAUCCAAUCACAUGCGUCGCCUUCCACCCAGUAUUCUCAUCACUGGCUUCCGGCUCGGAGGACCAAACCAUCAAAAUUUGGGACUGGGAGCUGGGCGAGCUCGAAAGGACGAUCAAAGGCCAUACCAAAGCUGUGCUCGAUGUCGAUUUCGGCGGACCUAGGGGAAACACCUUGCUUGCUUCGUGCAGCUCAGACUUGACCAUCAAGCUCUGGGACCCAUCAGACGACUACAAGAAUAUCCGAACGCUCCCUGGUCACGACCACAGCGUCAGCGCAGUUCGAUUCAUCCCGUCAGGGGUAGCAGGUGGUACCGGCAACCUCCUUGUCAGCGCGAGUCGAGACAAGACGUUGAGGAUAUGGGAUGUGAGCACAGGCUAUUGCGUAAAGACUCUUCGAGGACACGCCGAAUGGGUCCGUGAUGUCUGCCCAUCCAUUGACGGGAGGUUCAUCUUGUCGACGAGUGACGAUUAUACCGGCCGGUUGUGGGACGUCUCGAUACCGAACCCGGAGCCGAAGACCACACUGAUCGGACACGAGCACGUUGUGUUAUGUUGCGCCAUUGCUCCUGCGGCUGCUUAUCCACAUCUUGCCGCCAUGGCAGGGAUCAAGAAGCCACCAGCAACGAGUGCCGUAGAGUUCAUGGCGACCGGCUCAAGAGACAAAACGAUUCGGCUGUGGGAUGCGAGAGGGACGUGUAUCAAGAUAUUGGUGGGCCACGACAACUGGGUGCGGGGCCUUGUCUUCCACCCUGGUGGAAAGUACUUGUUGUCCGUGGCUGAUGAUUAUACGUUGCGGUGCUGGGAUCUGACCCAGGAGGGUAGAUGUGUCAAGACAAUAGGGGACGCACACGGGCAUUUCGUGCAGUGUAUCCGGUGGGCGCCUUCGAUCGUCAAGGAUGUCCCGGCAGUCAAUGGUGAGGGCGCCAAUGGUGAAUCGAACGGGACACCAAGGAAAGCAGCGGGGGCUGCCGGUGCGGGUGGUGAGGGGCAGAUUCGGUGUGUCAUUGCGACGGGGAGUGUUGAUUUGAACGUGAGGAUUUUUGCCAACUGAACCUACAGGAGGGGUACUCAAACAUCAGCCACAUUGCACACAAAGACCAGCUCGGUAUUUAAUAAGAGAAAAGCCAAGGAAUAGGAGUUGGGGGAGCGAUUUAUAGCUUAUCAUGCAAAUCAUGCAAGCCGCCAGCGUCUGUCAAUGGCAGGAGGGGCAAGUCGAGGAUCGAGGUCUGAGAGACAAAAGGGAAUCCUGUCAGUCGCUACAAACGGUAAUUGGCUGCAUAUAAUCAACAUGUCCGAAAAACUUCUUGGUCGGUAUGGGGGAUCUUCAAGAUGAGACGGUGUGCCUGUAAGAGGAAAAAGUUGCAACAAUCAAUGUUCACUUUGCGGAGGUGUGUGGUACAACUUUUGAUGACUGAUGAGCCAAAGAAUUGGGCGUGAGAGGGGGGGAUAAUCUCGAACGUCGUGGGCCUUUUCUCGCUGGGAACAAGAUGUUGUUGAACAGAAGUUAGAUAGAUACCCCCCAAAGUUGAACGAUUU